GAAUGGAUUAGCUUUACCCUUAAAGUGCCAUCUACAGUGUUUGAAGCAUUUUGUAUGAAAAGCUGAGGGGAGAAAGGAUUACCCCAUUUGUUCCUUUAUCAUGUCAAGUGGUCUUGGAAGCAAACCCUUCAAGGAUGAAUAUCAAAAUUGGUUGGCUGUAGGUCAUGCCUUUGACAUGAUGAACCAAGGGAUUCGACCCUUUAUUGCAAGAGAAAUGCAAGCUAUAUACAACACGUUGAUGGGACGUGGUCUUCCUCCUUGCAUAUGCUGUUAUGAUAAAAGCAGAAAGAACAAUCCCUGGCAUGAUAUGUGUGUCUGUGAUUGGGCCAAGGCAUUGCAGUUAUAUCAUGGGAGCAACAAGCCUAAGUGGCACCAAAGCGAUGCCUACAAAUGGACUGACCCGCUAUCAGGAAGCUGGGAGAUAGCUAAGCUCUUUAUGUCUGAUCUUGGAAAACCAAAGGCAGUAGUUGUAGAUGCAUCAAGUACCGACACUACAGGUCUUUUAAACAUUUUGUGUUGGUGCAAGAAUUUUGCACCACUUCGUCACUUUGCAGAGAAAGUCAGAGAUGUUAGAAAUAUCAACUGGGGACAUAAUCCAAACUUUGAACUGAGUCUCAAAGAGAAAAAUAAUGCUAUUCAUACUAUUGAGCAACUUCUAAACGCUGGUGCGCUGCAUGCAGAUCCUGAUGCCCAGAAGGCUCUGAACUCAAUACAAAUAAUCAACAGCCACUUUGAUGUUCAAAAACUGGAGCGUCAGAUAAUUCGCGACUAUAUGGGUGAGAUGACUAAUGAGAUGGAUGGAUUGCAGUCUGAGAUGACAGGUCUUGACACUGAACAGAAAAAAGACAAGAAGACCAUUAAAGGACUAAAAAGGCGUAUUAAAAAUCUGACACAAUGUAUAAAGUCUCUUGAGGCAUUGAGCAAUACCAAAAUACCUGGCCCAUUCUUCGUUUUUGUCAGUACUUUGGUUGCAAUGAUUUUUUGGAAUAUAAAUGGUAUAAGAAAAAACACAAAGAUGGUUCUUUGGUUGUGUAUGCUGCUUCUGUUAGUGGUACAGCUUGACCCAUCCUCACACAGUCUUGAACGGUGUCCAAGCGAAGAUCGCUCAUUACCUUUUAACCUUAGAGAGUUCAACUUUAGGACGCAGCUUAAUGCUGCAAGAGAAGAUUUUGUUGGCCGUCGUUGGUUUUAUGAYGAUGUCAAARMCMYACURGRGUYACUGGAUCCACCAGUCUUGCUUAUAAUUGGGGAACCCGGUUCAGGAAAGUCAGCGGUCGCAGCGAAUCUUAUAUGCUCACGCACCUCUGAGGCCGCAAUCCAUGAGAACAUUAUCGCUUAUCAUCUUUGCCAACAUUACAGUACAGAAACCCAAGAACCAGGAAGGUUUAUUAAAAACAUCGUAGAUAUGAUCUCAAGGAGAAGUCGUGAGUAUGAAAAUGUUAUUCUAAAUGGUACUUUGAUGGAAGCCUUACAGGGACGUAACUGUGAGUCAGAUCCUUACAAGUGCUUCAUAGAAGCUAUUGUGGUUCCUCUAAAGAAAGCUUUUAAGAAUCCAAGUAAGUUGUAUUACAUUGUGAUAGACGCUCUUGAUGAGUGCAUCCCACAGCAAAGCCAACAUGUUACUAUCAUUGACUUACUGAAAGAUAAAGUACACGAAUUUCCAAUAUCGGUUAAAGUUAUAGCAACAACCAGGAAUGACUCUAUUGUUAUGAAGCCUUUUCCACAAUCACUAGCUAGACAGCUUCAUAUCAACACAUCCGAUCCUCGAAACGUAGAUGACAUUGCGUUCUACAUCGACAGACACCUUUAUCCGCGCAUAAAUUUCAUUGAAAGCAUUCGAUCCUAUUGGACACUGUCAUUUCAUCAUGAGUCUUCAAAUUCCGAGUUAUCUGAAAAUCUCGUGAAAAUCAGCCAAGGAAACUUUCUGUUUGUCAAACUUUUGGUUAGAUAUAUAAAGUCAGAUUCCAAAAUUUCGUCAAGAAUGCCCCACAGUUUGGGAGGAGUUUACGAAAGGUAUUUUCGUCGUGUUUUUACAAAUCGUGAAAGUUUCAGGCACAUUCGAUGGGUUCUAGAAAUUCUUGUCGCAUCAACAAAGCCAUUGAGAGUGGACGAAAUAUUCAAAACAAUUCAAUUGGGCAACCAUGCCUUGGACUACACUUAUUUUAUCAAAGAUCUUGAGAGCCUGUCGCAUUUUCUUCGCUACUCAGACGACAACAAGAUUUCUUUGUUCCACAAAUCACUGAUGGAAUGGUUGGUGUCGGACGAAAAUAAAAGUAUAUAUGUUGUUAGCAAAAAAGCUGGCCACAGAAAGUUGAUAUUUUUGUAUAUGGAUGCAAUAAAAAACAACCAAACGUCUGAUUUGGAAGAGGCGGUGCUCAUGUUAGCCCAACAUAUUGCUUCUGGAGAUUUUGUUGGAAAGUACCAAAAAGAAUUUAUCAGGAUAUCAUCCAAAAUCAUCCAAAACUUCAAAGGUUUUGAUAGGGACAACACCUCUUUUCUUCACUUGGCAGCAAGAAUAAACAAUCCAGAAGUGAUAAAACUCUUUUUACCUUGUUUUCGUAACAAUGUGGACCCUACAGAUUCGAACGGAUUUACUCCGGCUUUUGUUUCUGCAAGUAGUGGGUCUCUUGGAAAUCUCAAACUCCUAGUGGACCAUGGUGCAAAURUYASUCACAAAACAAAUCUUCCACCACCACUUCCUUUYAUAAGUUUKGAAGAUCCYGUGAWRACUGCGAAGCGUGAGUUUUGGARCUCUUCGAUGYURCAUGCUGCUGCACAGGGUGGUCACCUGUCAAUUGUGRCYUAUCUUCUUGAAAGUCACCCAAAUAUCGAYGACGUGAAUGGAGUUGGUAUGACUGCUCUUCAKCUKGCMGCAGAAAAYGGYCAUWUGGAAAUUGUGAAGAUGUUGUACCAAAARRGUGCAARGAWUGACCAGUUUGCUCUUCAUCAUGCAGCCAUGAAUGGACACAAAGAUGUUGUCGAGUUUUUAGUCAAGAAAAAUGUCACCGGGAAGUGUUUGAGAUGCGACGGUUCCUUUUAUUGGCUUGGGGGAAAGACUCGUUACCAGAGUUUGUGGUUUGAUGUUGCAGAAAGAUUCUCAAAAAUUUCCAAUCUCGCUGCCGCAUUGUUAAAUAGAACAUUUGAAAUCGGAAGCGGAUUGGAUUAUUUCUUGGUGGACGACCAGUCGCUUGUAUAUUGUGAAACACCAUUGCAUAUCGCUGUUUGGAAAAGACAUACAGAUGUUGUUCGUAUUUUGAUUGCACGAAUUGGCUCUGCAAUCCAUUGUGCAGACUUUACCGGAAGAACUCCAUUGCACAUUGCAGCUCGCAAUAAUGACCUCCAACUCAUUGAAUUAUUGAUUGAAGCUGGAGCAAGAGUUGACUCAAAAUGCUCUAGAUUUCAGCAUCAGGAGCAAACGUCAAGCAGUUCGUAUUUGUUUUCUAUAAAGAAGCACGUACAUCUAAGUCUGAGAGAAGAAGAAGAAUAUUUUAGAGAAACGUGUUCUUGUGGCCAUACACCAGUCCACGUUGCAGCUCAAUUUGGUCAAAUCGAAAGUGCACGAAUGCUUUUAAAACAAAGUGGGAAGUUGUUUGCUAAAGCUGAUUGUAACGGUUCAUCUAUGAUACACUUAGCAGCCUGUCAUGGAAGACACGAUUUUAUACAGUGGCUAGUUCAUCAUAUCAGAGAUGUUCAUAUCAAUAGCCCUAGUGCAAAUGGAUCUACUCCUUUACACAGUGCUGCAGCGUGUGAAAAUGUCAAGGAAGCAAAAGCCUUGAUUAAGGACGGCGCAAAUGUUUCGGCACUCGAUGCAAAUGGGAUGACAAUCGUUCAUUAUUGGAUGUUGAAUGCUGAUAUAUUUUGCACAGCAAUAUCCCAUUCCGUAUCAUUUCCUUUCCCUAACCCAGAACUAAAAUCAGUAUUUUUACCGAUUCAUGACAACUGCCGUAAUUUUAUGGAAUUCUCGACUCACAUAAAUGAUUCUUCGCUGUUUUUCGCAAAAGACAAAUUUAGAAGAACACCCCUGCAUAUGGCAAUCAAUGGCGGAUUGCAUUGCGUUGGUAUUGUACUGAUGAAAUUGAUACCAAAUCACGUCCUUGAUGAAACAUUUGGGUAUUCUAUAUGGAAUCACAGCUUCAAUGAUCUGGUAUUUAAAGACGAUGCAUGUCAGCAAAAUACUCUUUGCACUAUGUUUUCGUUUUUCGAUAUGUUUGUCCGAAGGAAAAAAAGUGGCGUUUUGUUAGACGUUAAGUCCUCAACAUUGAAAAAAAUAUUUCGCUCUUACCUUAAGAAAGGCAAAAGGGUCAAAAGGAUCGAAAGAUGGCUUUUAGAUAUGGAAAUUCCAGUUACCAUUGACUGUAACGUUCCAUUUCUAGAAUCAGAAUUUCAUUUACUUUCUUACUGGCCACCAGCAAAUGAUGCCGAUAACUUUUUAUUUACGACUAUUAAUGGAUCUACAAGAAUACUUGGACCACUUGCCAUGGGAAUUAUUAACCAUCCUCUCCGAAGAAACAUCAUCAACAGUUGUCGUGAUAAGGAAGGAUAUACUCCCCUCCAUCGUGCAGCUCAAGGAGGUAACAUAAUUGCCGUUAAGGAAUUUCUUUCUUGGGGAGCUGAUACCAAAGCCAGAACAAGAGAUACUAAUCUUACAGCCUUAGACUUGGCUGUAUCAUUUGCUGGACUACCGAAGAGUACUUUAGAGGCGUCUGGUAUAAAGCUAUUCACGGAUCAGCACUCUGAGUUGAAUUUCAAAACUGAAUUAUACCAUGCUGAGUCAACUACCUCUUUAUUGCUACUAGGUAAAACUCCGAAUGUUAAAGUCACUUGCGACGGAAGCGCAGAACACCUUACUAUAUACCACAUUGCUGCAUACCGCGGCAUGUUUGAUUUUGUCAAAAAACUGCUCAAAAACUCGAAACGUUACGGAAUCAAAGUGGAUUGUCCAGAUUUGAAUGGGAUUACACCUUUAUAUUUGGCCAAACUUAGUGCUGGUUCAGAAAUUUCAGAUGAGGUGAAGGUAGACAAAUGGCUUAAAACGGUUGAAAUAAUUGAGAGUUAUGGUGGUAAACUACGUUAUCCACUGAGUUUGGAGGCAGAGCAUCAUGUGUUAUACAGGCAUCUAUUCGGUAGUUUUCCAUUCGAUUUCAAAUCAAAUAUGUUUAAAGAUCUGCUAGUUUUGUAUGGACAUGACCCAUUGAACACGUGUUUCAAUAAGCGUAGAAUUCAUGCCAACUCUAAUUUAAUGCUCGAGUAUAUUAAUUCCUCCAUGGAGUUGACAGAACUUAUUCGAGCUCUCCCUGAAUUGGAUGUGAUGGCUCGUUUGUCAUUGGUAAACAUUUUAAUGAAUUUUAAAACAAAAUUGAGUGACAUUAUACAAGGUAAAUUAAGUACUCAAGAGGUAAUAAUUAAAUUGCACAUCAGAAGCACACGACUUCAUGACAUUAUAGAUGAGUUUCUUGGAGACCUUGAGGAGAUAACAAACACAGCCAUUGGUCAUAAUGCAAUCCUUUCCAAAGCCAUCAAAGAAAAACUAAACAAAUGUGCCGAGAUGAAACUGUGUUCACGAUUCCUUAAAAUAAUGACUCUUGCUUUUCUGUAUUUUAGGAAAGAAGCAUCUGACAUUAUGUUAAAACGGGAUAGCUUAAGUUUUUAUCGUAUGGGGAAUAUAAAACAUGCGAAUUUUACAAAAUUCCGAUUAAGGUUUUUACCUAUUUUGGCGCAUUAUAAUGAUACAGAUGAUCCUAAGACUAUUGCUGUGGGAAUGCGUUACCUGUUGGACCUCGUUCUCAAUAAAACUACAAAGUACGACUAUCUGUGCAAGUUGUCACUAGGCAUAUCACCUGGCACUCGGUUAUUUUAUGAUAACACAAAGAUUAGAAUUAACAAAGAAGAUAUUGAAGUUCAUAGAAAAUCAAAGUCAAGAUUGUCAAGAUUGGUUGGAUAUCAGAGAAUGCAACUUUCGCUUUUAAGGAAACAUGCGUCAACUUCAUCGGGAGAGUAAAAAAAAUGAAGUAAUAUAAAACUAACAUGUUUGGUCCUAAAAGGAAAUAUGAGAAAAGUUUUGUUCAGAAAAUGUUGUCAAAUGAUCUUAUUUUUAAGCAAGAAUUACGAAUUGAUCGUUUUCAACCAUUCCCACCUGAGAUUCAAAAGAGGAAUGAACAAUAGAUUCUAAAAUGAGAAAUCCUUUGUCAAAGAAAGUCCUCCAAGAUAUACGACCGCUGUGACGUAUAGUGAAAACAAAUAAUAAUUAGACAGUACAUAGAGAUAGAAUUUGACAAUUUGAUAUUAAUUAGAGACAGAAGUCCCUCGAGUAGUGUGUUUAAGAUAUAAAUAGUUCUUUACAAAGAGAAGACUUUUGUGAGAGGUGCUCAAAAUACAUAGUUCAUUAUUUUUUAAUAAAUACAUAUCCAUAUA